UUCACGAUACGGUCGCACUAUUCUUUUUGUAAUAAAUUUUGCAAGACUUUUUCAAGUCUCCGUUUUUGUUCUAUAUUUUAAUUUUUACCGUCUACAACUGAACAAAAGAGUAUGCCACCCCCAAGACCGAAGGGGAUAGGAUUUAAUACAGGAGCUACCCAACCCAGAUCGAACUCAAACACGCCAAUGUCGGAGAGGCAGCAAAUGGCUCUGCUCAUCCAAAUGACAGCCAACUCGUCGACAGAUUCAUCCCGCACCAACUUAAAGAAGAAUGAAUGCAAGAAAGGAGACACAGAGACUGACGAGGGCAGCCUGAAUGAGAAGCAAGAGGUCCUGGAUACGAAAGACAAAUCUUCAGCGGAGGAGAGCAGUAACGAUGGUAAAUCCAGCGAUACGAAUCAUCAGGGAACUUCGGCUGCCAAGCGUUGCUACUCAGACAUAGAGGAGGACUACGAGGAAUCUGGCGAGGACGUGAAGAAAAAGAAGCGUAAGGAUUCGGAGCAUGGAAAGGACGUAAAGGGUGCCUCCCUGAAACUGACAUCGCGCGUCGAGAAAAGCUCCAAGCUAGCUGCAACGAAGGGAUCUCCGUCAGGAAACAAAAGCAGCGCUUCCAAUGCCGAAAAGGAGCAGGCGGAGACUAGUAAGAAUGUAGAUAUUGAGAACGAAACGGAGUGCAGCGAUGAUUACAAGAGUAACGACAGCCUUUACAACGGAGGACUCAAAGUGCCGCCAUUGAAAAUUGUGAUUCCGCAACAGAACUGCUCAAUCGACACUGAGGGCAAUGUGCUUCGAACUGGCAAGGUGACUGCCUCCCGCAAUGCCGCCCUGCCGUAUGUGGUCAGCUCCAAUAGCGAUUCCAUUGACACCGUCAUAACCAAUCAAUCUAUUAGCCCGCACGAAAGUCCACAGAAGAGCAACAGCAUUUGCUCAACAGCCCUGGAUGACAAGAAUAUAAAGCUCUUCAAUGACGAAAAGAACCUAAGGGUCCUGCGAAGCUCUCAUCGCACUGGAGUGACCAGUGUGGAGCGCAGUUCCAAUAACUCCUCCCCGCAAAUGCAGAGCAGCUCUCCAUCGCCAGCGUCAUCCAAUCAUGCCAACGAUCCUGCAGAUGUAAAGCUCUCCUAUAGCAACAUGACGUCUAGUCCGAUCCCGCAAGGCCACCAGUUUGACCAGGAGGCAAUCACCAAUGUUCCGAGCCCGUCGACUUCGUCGACCUCCUCGUCCAAGGACAUAAAUCCUUCGAACGUGGAACUCCAUCCACGGAAGCGAAAGAUUCGACCGAAAAACACCGACGACAGUUCGAAGAACUCAAAUGCAGCGGAUUCCGGUGUCAACUCCGAAGAAUCUCACCCCCAUGACCAUCCCUUCACCAAUGGCUUCCAGAUGUUCUUGAGCAUCCGUCGUCAGAUCGAAAAGAAGUGGAAGAGCUUGUAUCCGGUGAAGCCAAGACCUCCGCAGGGAUACAACGAGUAUCUGCUGACAAAGAAAUCCUACUUAUUAAGACGCAAUGCGCCGAUCUCAGUUCCGGAUAUUCCACGCACUGUUCCGCAGGCCAUGGAGAGGAUCUAUCAGGAUCAGGAGAAGGCCAGACGAGACCUGAUCGAAGCACACACCGUGGAGCGGGAGAAACUAUGCAUGAACGUUGAGCAGGAGAUAAUACGCGUUCACUCGAAGGCGGCCAGGAGCAUAUCUGGACAGCCGGCGCCCUAUUCCGUUUGCACGUACUUGAAGGACGACGAGGUAUACAACAUGAUCACGCCGGAGCAGGAUGAAAAGGAAAAGAGUGCUCGCUGCCGCUUCAAUGGACGAUUGCUCCUCAGCUGGCUGCAAGAUGUCGAUGAUAAGUGGGAGAAAAUCAAGGAGUCCAUGGUGUUGCGGCAUCAUAACGAGGCGGAAAGUCUGCACGCCGUGCAGGUGAUGGAUUGGAAUAUAUUUGCAAAGCGAAAUAGGCUAUGUGACAACCCGAUUGAAGUUAAUUUGGAGCACGUUCCGAUCGUUUCAGUUGGUGACGACUUUGACACAUUGCCAACAUAACUGACGCAUUGAAAUUAAUAAAUUGUUAUAAUAUUAUAAACA